CGAUUAUUUGAACCCGCCACCGCCGGCAUAUAAAAAACCAUUUCCUCGAAAUCGACCGCCGGCGAGCGAGCGCGAGGGCGAUAGAGAGAGAGCUCGUAACGAAGUACGACAAGGUAGCGGCGAAAUCUUCGCCGACUUCGACCGGAACAUGUGGCGGAGGCUCGUCUCCGGUGGCCAUCUGCGCCUCCUCCCUUGCCGCUCCGUCCCGCGUCGCUCCGCCGCCACCGCCUCCUCCGCGAACCCCACCGUCUCCUCCGCCGUCAACUCCAUCCUGCUCCGCUCCCUCAAGGAGCACUACCUCGAGGUCUCCAAGAUGACUCCUCCUCCUAAAGUGAACCCUCCGUCGCUGUUCACGAUCGUGAAAGGCGCGCUCGACGCGGACGGUCCGGUGCUCAGGCGAACUUACAACGACGAAGAGAUCAGCGUCUACGUCAUGCGGUUGGCGAAUCUGGUUCCCGGCGGCGGCGGAGAGGAUGACGGCGAAGACGACAUCAAUCAGCUGUUCCUUCACGUGAGCAUCGCGAAGCCUGGUCAGAAGGAGGCCUUGCAUUUCCUGUGCGGGCUGUAUCCGGAUGCACUGGGGAUCCACUCCGUUUCGAUGAGGCCGAAGCUCGAGACCACGGGUUUUCUCGUGGUUCCGUCGAAAUACAACGGCCCUGUUUUCGAAGAACUUGAUGAAAAGGUGAGGGAUGCGCUUCACAGCUACAUUGAGGAACGGGGGGUGAAUGAGAGUCUCUUCCCAUUUCUCCAAGCAUGGCUUUAUGUCAAGGAUCAUAGGGGUCUGAUGCGUUGGUUUAAAUCAGUGGGUACAUUUAUCAACAAAGAUAAGUCGGCAAAAGAUGCUUAAUUUCAGUGAGUACUUCGAUUGCGGAAGACAUCCAUAAGUGAAAAUGCUGGUUUUCGCCGCAUUUCCUUCCAUAGCCUAUCAGGGGAGGAAGUUCUACAGGCUGCAGAAAGCUUGGUGAUUGAGCUGCUACUGUUUUGUGGUCAUAUAGAUUGCUCGGUGAUGUUAAGAAGUGCUAGUGGAGUGCAUUUUUCAGUUGCAUUUCACUUUGGCUUAUUGGGAACAAGAGAUUCUCAGAUUCAGGUACUUACUCGUUAGUUCGCUUUAGAUUUUUCUGCUUGUUAAGUUGAGAUGAGAUAUGGAUGUGGUUCCUCAUAUGAAGAUUCUGCAGUGGCAGAUGUUAUAUGGGACGGGUUUGAUGAACCAUUUUGGCUUGUAAUUCUUUUCUUCACCAGUUUAACGUGCCAUUGUUUUGCCAUCAA